AUGAGGGCGCUGGUGGCCGUGAAGCGCGUGAUCGACUAUGCCGCCAAGAUCCGCGUCAAGGCGGACGGGUCCGGAGUGGAGAAGGCGAGUGUGAAGAUGUCAAUGAAUCCCUUCUGUGAGAUAGCAGUGGAGGAGGCGAUACGGCUGAGGGAGAAGGGGGCGAUCAAGGAGGUCGUGGCGGUCAGCCUAGGCGUGCAGCAGUGCCAGGACACGCUCAGAACCGCCCUAGCGAUGGGGGCAGACAGGGCGGUGCUGGUGAAGGUGGAUGCGGCACAGGAGGAGGCGCUGGAGCCUCUGAUCGUGGCGAAGCUGCUCAAAGGGGUUGCUUUGAAAGAGACGGCUGAUAUGGUGUUCCUGGGGAAGCAGGCAAUAGACGACGACUGCAACCAGACGGGGCAGAUGCUAGCCGCACUGCUGGACUGGCCGCAAGCCACCUUCGCCUCCAAGGUGGUGCUGGAUGCGGCAGCUCGCAGCGCACAGGUCACGCGGGAGAUUGACGACGGGCUCGAGACCGUCAGCCUCAAGCUGCCAGCUGUCAUCACCACGGACCUACGACUGAACGAGCCACGCUACGCCACACUCCCCAACAUCAUGAAGGCAAAGAAGAAGCCUAUCGCUGUGCUAUCUCCUUCCGAGUUUGGGCUCGACCUUUCAGACCCGGCCACGCGCAGGGUGCAGGUGGUGGGGGUGAAGGAGCCGCCUGCACGUGUUGGGGGGCGGAUCCUUGGGAGUGUGGAUGAGCUGUUGGAUAAGCUCAAGAAUGAGGCCAAGUCGCGCGGCGGAGUUUCAGGUCACCCAGGCUCCCUGGACACUCCGUGGACGGCCAUCCGCACUGCUGCUCUUGCGGAUGCGAAGACGGUGGUGGUGGGGUGGAAGGACGAGGGCUGGAGUCCCAGCGUGCGCACGUGGCAGCCCCCCGUUGUGAACAAGGGUGACGUUCUUGUGUUCAAGUGGAACGACUGGCGGCACAAGCACAAUGUGGUGGCCAUGGAUAUGGAUGCCAGCCCUCGCGUGUUCCUGUGCUACUUUGGGGAUGCUGGCCCUCCCUUCACGGUGCUCUCCAAGGCCUCAAACCAAGGCAUGCUCACAACAACCUUUGAGGACUAUGUCGGGUACACCAGCAGCGUUGGCAACGACUGCAAGCAAGGCAUGAAGGUUCUCUUCUUUCCUCAACCCGAAUCAAUCAGGGCAAGCUGA